GAGCUCCAAAGCAGUUCCAUUCGUCUUCGUCUUCGUCUUUGUCUUCGUCUUCUCCUUGCUACUUUAAUGGCGGAAGAAAACCUAAUUCUGAACGCUCCAAUCAAUUUUAAUGUAGCUAGCAAAGGAACCCAACGUUCAAAAAUUUAAAUCAAUUCCUCACUACUUUCAGAAAAACCUCUUUUUCUUCUUUUUUUUCUGCAUCCAUGGCGAAAACAACCCCGAUUCACGUUGUUAUCUUUCUCGCAAUUCUCUCAGCUUCUUCUUUAGCCGAUGAUUCUCAGUUCCCCGUUAUCAAGCGACUAUGCUACAACGUUUCAGCUCUAGAUCCAGCGACCUUUGAUGUGAAUUUCAUCGCCGCAAUGGAGUCUGUAUCUCAACAAAUCGCUAGAGAUGGCUUUGGAACUUCAGUUUCAGGAAACUCUACUAACCGUGUCUAUGGUCUUGGCCAGUGCCUUGGUUACCUUUCCUCCAUUGAUUGUCGCCUCUGCUAUGCUCAGUCUAGGGUUAGUCUACCUGUUUGCCUCCCUGUAGAGGGAGGUCGAAUUUAUCUCGAUGGAUGCUUCUUGAGAUAUGAGAAUUGGAAUUUUCCGAGUGAGGCCAUGGAUGAUAAGGACACAGUGGUUUGUGAUUACUCGAAGAACAGCUCGAACCCUAAUGAUUUCAGAGAACUUGCAGGAAAGUUGGUGAGGAAUUUGAGCUUAGGAGAAGGCCAUUACAGGGCCGGAAGGUUUGAUGGGAGUAGAAUGACAGUUUAUGGGGUGGCUCAGUGCUGGAGAUCUCUUGAUUCUAGGGCGUGCAGCGAUUGCUUGACCAGUGCGGCCAAUGGUGUUCGUGGUUGCUUGCCUGCGAAAGAGGGGAGGGCUUUGAACGCUGGUUGUUUUCUUAGAUAUUCGACUUCGCCAUUUUAUUUGCAGCAAUCGGGUUCAGGCCGUGGUUCGAUUGUGACCCGGCACCAACUAGCUGUGGCUCUGGGGUCCAUUUUUGCAGGAGCAUUGGUUAUAUCUGUAGCCAUAAUAUUGGGUAGACGAAGAAGACGAGGAAGGGAUUCUUCUUUUGAUUCUGAUGAUAUGGAAGGUUCUUCGGAAAUUAUAAAAGCUAUUUCCCAAUCCCACCUAGGGUUUAAGUAUGAGGAUCUGAGAAAAGCUACAAAAAACUUUGAAGAUGCUAACAAACUUGGCCAAGGAGGUUAUGGCUCUGUUUACAAGGGAGUUCUAUCAGAUGGCAGGGUGGUUGCAGUCAAGAGACUUUUCUUCAAUACCAGGCAAUGGAUAGACCAGUUCUUCAAUGAAGUUAACCUUAUCAGUCGGGUUCAGCAUAAAAACCUUGUCAAGCUUCUGGGUUGCAGUGUAGAAGGCCCUGAAAGUCUAUUAGUUUAUGAAUACCUCUCAAAUUCUAGCCUGGAUCGAUUCUUAUUUGAUCCUUUUAGAAGAAAGUUGUUGGAUUGGAGGAGGAGGUUUGAUAUUAUUGUUGGUACAGCUGAGGGGUUAGCUUACCUUCAUGAUGCGUCAGAGGUGAGAAUCAUUCACAGGGACAUAAAGGCGAGUAAUAUACUACUUGAUGAGAAAUUCAGGCCCAAAAUAGCUGAUUUUGGCCUAGCGCGAUAUUUUGCAGAGGAUCAAAGCCACCUGAGCACAGGCAUUGCUGGAACUCUUGGCUACAUGGCACCCGAAUAUGUUAUCCACGGCCAGUUAACUGAGAAGGCUGACAUAUACAGCUAUGGAGUGCUCGUUCUCGAAAUGGUCACUGGUCGUAAGAACAACAAUUCAAUAUCGACCUCAGUCGAGGGUCACUCCCUUAUGUCAUUGAUAUGGAAGCAGUACAGUUCAAACACUCUCUUAGAAAUAGUGGAUCCAAACAUCCAAGGCCUGUGCUCUGAAGAACAACUUCUCAGAGUAUUUCAUGUGGGUCUUCUUUGUACUCAGGCUUCUCCAACUCUUCGGCCUCCCAUGUGGAAGGUAGUGGAGCUACUAGUAAGCAUGGGAAAAGAGCUUCCUUUGCCUACACAGCCUCCAUUUAUUGAUGUUAAGGGGGUGGAAAGCAACAGUGAUGGUUCUGAGACCUCUUAUUUGUUCUCCUCUACCACCAAAUCUCAAGUUUCAAUAAAUGGAAUGUCGGUUAGUAUGGUUCGAGGAAGGUGAAUUUGGAUCUACAUAAUUUGGGAGCUACCUGAAUGUCCCUGGUUUCAGAGAACUUUUUGAACUACAAAGCUUUUUGUGGAAUGACAACAAAUACCCUGAAGUUAAAAAAAAAUAUUACAAAGCCAUAUUUAUUUGUUCUGAAAAGGGGAGUGCCAUGUCUAUGGGGUCGUGGGUUGGGAGUGUCUCUGUAUAUUCUUCUCUAUGGGUGGCAGCUUGGUUGGUCAAAGUCGCUUUCUUGAAUUGUAUGGGACCAGUGGUUACAUGUUUCUUGACAAAGUGGGUGGCAGGUGGCAUCUCUCUCUGUACAAUGCUCAAUUUUUUAUUUCCAGAAGUAACCUUGUCUCUGAUAAUCCUGAGGCUGGAGAAUUUUGACAUCCGGUGGCUCAGCAGAUCCACACUCUCCAUGUAUAGAGUGUGUGCCAGUAAUUUAAUCAAGAGAAGUGGUGCUUUAGUCCUGUGUAUUGAAUCCUUUUGGGGUACUUGUGUCCUUUUACUAAAGUGGAUGUGGUUAAGAACAAUGACGUUCUGGUUCUGGUCUUAUUAUUUGAGACCCUUUCUUGUAGAUGAGCUUGGGGCUCUCUCAGUUUUGCCAUGGCCUCUAUGGGUUGAAAUCACUGAAGAGUCGAUGGAAGUGGACUACAGUUGGGCUUGCUGUGGUUUUUUUUCCUUGUGCAGCAUUCAGCACUGGACUGGCUGUCAGACCAAGAGAUGGCAUCAUGAAACUCCUGAAGAGGGAGUCACUGUGAAAUGAGUUUCACCGACUGUGUUGUAGACUCAAGAGGAUGGCUUAACUUUUAUCUCUUGUCUGGGUUUGAGGCUAUAUAUUGUUUGUGUUUGAGACUAUAUAUUGUUUGUGUUUGAGGCUAUAUACGUGUACAAUAAUAAAAAUUUUGUGAAAUGAAAAGAGAAUAGCUGCAAUUUGUUUC